AUGUGUAGUCCCCAAAUCAUACUGGAUAAGAUUGUAGAAAAAAUUGUUAAUUCAGUGAUCCAAUCGGUGGUGUGUCACAUCCGUUUUGUUUGCUGCUACAAAGGAAACCUGGAGAAGUUGGAUGCUGAAAAGAAAAACCUGGAAGAACAGCGGCAAAAAGUCAAUGACGAAGUUGAUAGAUACAAGACCCUUGGUGAAGACAUCGAGGCUAAUGUUUCAAACUGGCAAACAGAGGCGGACAAUAUGAUAAACGAAGUUGAAGAAUUUUUGAACAACAAUACAGAUAAGGAAAGCAUGCAAUGCUUUAAAUUUUCAUGUCCCGACUACAUCUCACGCUACAAAUUGAGCAAGCAAGCAGAAAGGAAGAUUGUUGAUAUCAAAAAUCUCACUCAAAAAGGAAAAUUUGACAAAGUUUCACAUCGUAAACCACCUCCUCAGAAACUUUUAUUCCCAUCCAGUGCUGAUUUUGUAAGUUUGGAUUAUAUGAGUUUCAAUUCCAGAGAAUCGGUUUUCAAGAGGAUCAUGGAUGCAUUAAAUGAUUCCAAGGUUUACAAGAUUGGGGUACAUGGACUAGGGGGGGUAGGUAAGACAAAAAUGGUUGAAGAGGUUGGCAAACAAGUGAAAAAAGAUGGACUUUUUGAUGAAGUUGUGAUGGCAGUUGUCUCUCAAGAUGCAAAUGUGAGAAAAAUCCAAUUGCAGUUGGUUGGGGGUUUGAAUCCAAAACCUCAUGUAGCGACAAUUACUGAUGAACAUGAGAGAGCAAAAGAAUUGUGGCUUAGAUUGGACAAUGGGAAGAAAAAUCUAAUAAUAUUGGAUGAUAUUUGGCAUGAACUAAGCUUGGACACAAUAGGUAUUCCUCUCACAGGUACGAACAAAGUUGUGAUAACGUCACGAAAUCAAGAUGUGUGGAAAAAUAUGGAAAUGGAUACACAAAUUCAGAUCAAAGUACUAUCAGAGCCAGAAGCAUGGGCCCUAUUCAAGAACAAGGUGGGAGAUUCUGUUGAUUCUGAUCAAGAACUACAUGAUAUAGCAAAAAAGGUGUGUAAAGAGAGUCAAGGUUUGCCGGUUGCUAUACUUGUAGUUGGAGGUGCAUUAAAAGGUAAGCAGAAGUACGUUUGGAAAAACGCACUUGAGAAGUUGAAAAAGUCUAUGCUAAAGAAAAUUGACGGAAUUGACCCAAAGUUGUAUUACUCCUUGAAGUUGAGCUAUGAUCAAUUAUCCAUGGAUGCAAAAUCAUGCUUCUUGCUCUGUUGUAUGUUUCCUGAAGAUGCCGAGAUUCCAAUUGAUGAAUUGGUGAGACAUUGCAUGGCGAGAAGGUUGCUUGUUGAAAAGCAAGAUUCACUCGAAAAAGCAAGAGAUGCAGUGCUUACAGUAUUCGAUACACUCAAAACUUGUUCUUUGUUGUUAGAUGACACAGACAAAAACGUUGUAAAAAUGCAUGAUGUCAUUCGAGAUGUUGCUGUUUCAAUUGCUGAUGAUGAAAAGGCAAUUCUUGUAAAACAUGGUGUUCAUGAGUGGCCGGAAGAAGGUACGUAUGAAUCUUACUUGGCAAUCUCAUUAUGGUCCGAAACUGUUCAUGAGGUUCUCAAUAAAUUGGGAUGUUCACAACUCCACACCUUAUUGUUGGAAUGUAUUGAUCCCUUGGUUAUUAUUCCAGACACGUUUUUCGAUGGGAUGGAGAAACUUACAGUUUUAGAAUUGAGUGAAGUACGUAUGUUGCAACUCCCACCAUCACUUGCAAAUUUGGUUAACCUUCGGAUGUUAUGUCUAAAUAAAUGCCAGUUGGAAGACAUAACUAUACUCAAGGAUCUAAAGAACAACCUUGAAGUACUUAGCCUUCGGGGUUCUGAUAUCAAGGCCUUACCAUCAGAGAUUGGACAAUUGACUCAACUUCGGUUGUUAGAUUUGAGAAAUUGUAAAAAGCUCUCAAAGAUUCCACAAGGCGUCAUAUCCAAUUUAUCUCGCCUGGAAGAAUUGCAUAUUUUAGAUAAUCUUUGGCCAUGGGAGGCCACAAGAGGCAACAAGGAAGGAAGCAAAAUUUAUAAUAUCAAUGGGUGA